GUCAUCGUGUGUGGAUGGAUUCAUCGUCACUAUCAUAUAUCUUGGUCUCAUGGACAUAUGAUGGUAGAAUCGGCUGCAUGUCAUAUAUUCUGAAGUCGUAUAUCGCGAAGCUGCCGGAAUGUCUCUCACAGAACAUCCUCCUUGCCUUUCUCGAAUAGCAUCUGAGGACACGCACACAAAUCACCCAUUGCGCGACCGAACACCCUUUGCAUGCACUUACAUUCAACUUCAUUUGUGUCCGGUUCGCCAUGAUGGUCUCCAGCUGAUCCUGGACGAACCCCCAUAACUGCGACAAGGGAGUCAUUCCCACAUUGUUGCAAUGACCGCGUUGGCGUACCUUUGUCUUCCACUUCUCUGCUUUUGACCGACUAACACGGCCACUAGCGGGCACCUCCAAAAGUCCCCGGGCUUUCUUCUCUUCUCUAACGCUAAGCGCGAUCAUGCCCAUCCUCCACUGACAAGACAAGCACAUAGAUUGUCCUCCCACAUAGCACCUUCCUGCCCGUAGUACCUCUUCCUUCCACAAUUCCGCCUGCAGACACAUCACCGCAUGCCAGAACACAGCGAUACCGUGUGGCUCGAGGUCGACAGCCAAGGUGAGCGCGAUUUCGAGCCCAUGGAUGUCGCAGUCACCGAAGUGGAAGACCUGUACACGAAGCAGGACACACACACCGAAUGGGUCUCGUUUGCGUGUGUGUCCCGUUAUGUGUGUCACUGUGUAUCGUGUUAGGUGUAUCUCGCUCACCGCUACUCGUACUUCUUUGGAUAUGGCUGUGAGUAACAAGCGAACAGCGUCGCCCGGCAUGCCCUUGGCUGAGUAAAGACGCCCAUGGCGCAGGCAAUCGCUCACUCCUUUUCUUCAUCUAUACUUGCGAUGACUAUGUCGAAGAGGCCCAUCUGGUACACCUGGCCCCCCGCUGCCUCGGUCUCAGUAGUGGCGACCGUCACGCGCCGACCGUCCAGCCAGUUGCGCAGCCCCUCAGAAAAAUGGCCCACCAGACCUAUGUCACCUGGACAUGCAAAAGAUACGAGCGACACCUGGUUGGCCUCUCCGGUCGGUUACUGGCUCGUACCUGUGGACAUCGCGUCGGUGAGCGGUGUGCCCUUGGGUUUGUCCGGCGUGACGAAUCCCUCGGAGUCUUCUGCUUUGAUAUUGAUGGCAGUGGACCAGAUGAGGGCCCUGCUGGCUGAAGAGAGGCCUAACUGAUGCGCCAUGGCCCCGGUGAAGCGCCCGACACCUGGCACAGAUACACAUCGCCACCACAUGACCAGCAUAUGGAUACUGACACGUCGGACACUUACCGUUCUUGAAUGACUUCAGAUCGCUCUCGAAGUUCCGGGAAGGGAAUAGCCCCUUCAUACGAUACCCUAGCUGCCGACGAUGUGCCGUCUCUUGAGACAACAACGCAUCCACGAUCGUCAGUUCUGCAGACAAUACCCACAACGAAGUGGCGCUGCCCCGUCUAUCAUUUCGGUUUCUCACUCACGCGAAAAAGAGGAUGUUUGUGUCCUUGUCAGUUGGUUCUCGACAUUUCCAAAGGCUGAAGCCGCAGCUGCCGCAGCAGAAGGCGCGGCCUCGGCCUUGCCCGCCUGCACUCAUUCAACGCGGAUGGAGAGGGGGAUGUGCCGGGUGUUCUGUUUGUGUGUGCACAGUGGAUGCCUGACCUGCUGCGUGGGUUUGUGUGCUUUCUUGCGCUCCCCGUCUUCGUCGCCCUCAUCACUAUCCUGCAUCCAUCGCAUGGCGGCCCAUUCACACACACAUCGAGUCGUGCCGUCCCAUCUCUCUCAACUCCUCUCUAUAUAUCACUGUGUCUGACCUCCUCACUCUCAUCAUCGUCGUCAUCGUAGUCUGAGUCGCCCUCGUCGUCAUCGUCGUCGACCUCCUCGUCACCCAAGGCGGCCGCCUUGGCGAGAUAGUUGUCAAUGCCCCGCUGUCUCUGAUCGCGUCCGUGAGCGGAUGUGUCGAGAUCCGCUGGCUCCUCCUUGACCGCACAAACCAGACGGACAAUAAUGGGCGACGUCAGUCCCAUUCACGUCUGUGUACUUGUCUUCCCACUGACCUCGGUCUUCGUCUUCUUGCGGGGUCGCUGCUGCGGCCCCUCCGCACUGCUCCCCGUCCGACGGGACACAAAGCCAUCCAGACACCGGCGCACCCACGGCGACAGAGUAGAGGGAUCCAGACCCACAGGAUAGUCACCGAUCGCCAAGAACGCGACGGCGACGGCGGGGAUGAGGGCAAGACGCACACGCGCUUGAUCACGCUCUGCAGAUAAGCAAAUGGAUGCUCAAUGUGGAUGGAUGCUCAGUGUGAGCAGACCCACAGACCUUCCGGCGUUCGCUUGCGCAGAAGACCCUUGCCGUCGGGCAGGGCGUCCUUCAAUCGGUCUCCCAGGUUAGACAGACCCUCGAUCGUGUACACGGCCACCAUCUCGUGCCACUCCCUCAGGAGGUCCUCACCCUCCUUAUGGCUGAGCUCACUCGCCGCCGCCUCCACCUUGGGGGUCAACUCAGGCUGCAGGCACGACAGCGGACCUCGCGAAUCUCUGUACAUGAGAGCUUGAGGUGACCGCAGCGCGUACCAGUGCGUGUAGCGGGUAUGUGUCGGCUGCGCGUGUCCCCCGGGGCAUCGUGUAGACGAGCCGCACGACCCUCUUGACGAAUAGGCCGCUCUCCUUAUCCCACUUGUAUGGGGCGGUCGCGGGUACUUCGGGAUCUGCACCGUCACUGCGCGCACAGAGGAAGAGCAUCUUUGCUCGUACGUCAGCAUGAUGUGUGUGCCUCACUUGAGAUUGAGGAUGCACCUCUUGAGAUACGCUGGCACGUCCGGAUACCCUUCAGCGAGGAGGCUGAGAUGUGCGGAGAUCGGCGCGCACCUCCUCGGCAGCCAAAGCCAAGAGUCUCGAGAGCAAGUCAGGCAGGUAGCCAGAUGCAUCCGGCAACGACAGACACGUAGCAAAAGCGGAAUUGUGGUCAUGUGGCUCGUUCCCCGGCACCUCAUCUGGUCGAUUGGUUCGAGCUUGCUGAAGAGCGCCUACGAAGAUCGCUCUGUGGUCCUUCUCAACCUCCAGCGUCUGCCACGACUCUUCGCUAGUCAUUCUUGC